AUGGCCGAAAAUGAUUCAGAAUGGUAUAUCAGUCCAGCUAAUAAAGAAUCUUCAAGCGCUAUAACCAAAGAGUCAAGUAGCCAUGCUUAUCGUGAUGCAGAAGAAAGCAAUUUUUUUAAAGGACAGAAUAUCGAUAAUAAAGAGUCAAUUCGUAAUACAGCUAAACUUCAUAAUUCAAUAGUUUCAACUUCGUACUAUAACCCAAUUACGCAGGUGGAUUGUUCCAGUUCAUCGUCAUCGUUGGAUUCUGGCGAGUUUUCUGACGAUGAACAACCAUUAAUUUGCCUCGAAGAGUUGAAGCGCAAGCAAAGCGAGAUUACCAUGCUUAGAAAGUCAAAAGAUGACGCAACUUCUAUACACUCUGAUAAAGAAUAUUUAAACACACAACCAUGCCCAUUAAAUACUUCUCAUAAACUCGCAGUUCAAAUGCUAAAGAUCAAAAAGUAUAAACCUUCAACUAAGGAAUUUGCGCCUCCAGUAUCUCAAAUCAAUGAUGGAUCUGCUUGGAUUCCAGAAAUAAAACGAUCAAAACUUCCGAUUGAAUCACGAAAAGAUGAUAUUAUUCAUACUAUCCGAGACAACAGGGUAGUUGUAUUAAGUGGAAGUACAGGUUGUGGAAAGUCAACACAAGUUCCACAAUACAUAUUAGAUUAUUGUUUACAAAAUUGUGUUCCAGUAAAUAUCAUCUGUACACAACCGCGUCGCAUAGCAGCAACCUCCCUUGCACAUCGCGUUGCGUCUGAGCGUGGAACGCCACUGCAUGUUCAAGUCGGAUAUCAUAUUGGAGGCAAAGGAGGUUAUACUACAUCUACCAGAUUGCGUUAUGUCACAACAGGAAUUCUAUUGGAAAUGUUAAAAGCGGAUCGAUAUUUAAAUUCGUACACUCAUAUCAUUAUGGACGAGAUUCAUGAGCGUAAUGUUGAUGAUGAUUUAAUGUUGGCACAUCUUUGUGUUAUAUUAAGAGAAAAUCCAUCAUUAAAGCUGAUUAUUAUGUCUGCUACCAUGAAUGUGCAAAAAUUCACAAAGUAUUUUCAUGAAUUCGAAGUUAAGCGUGAUGGUUUGUCGCAAAUUCCUUGGAUUGACAUUCCUGUUAAGAAUUUUCCGGUUGACGCUUUUUACCUGGAAGAUGUUUGCCAGACGUUAGGAAUACCUGAAUCGCAACAGAAAGCCAUAUUGAGCGAACCUAAAAAACCAUCUAUGAUGCAAGAACGUCGUGACCUUUUUAUAAGUUGGAUAUUCCGAUGUCACGUUGAUUCACCAGUUGAUGAUGCUUUUCUUGUUUUUUUACCGGGAAUUUCCAUAAUCGCUGAAGUGGAGGAUCAACUAACUUUCCUUGAUGAGCAGCAACGGAUGUCAAACCCUUUUUUGCCAAAUAUCACAAUCAUUAAACUACAUUCCACCGUUACUAUCGAUGAACAAUGCAUGGUCAUGCAGCGACCUUUAAGUGGUUACAGAAAAAUUGUUUUGGCAACUAAUGUUGCUGAGAGUUCGAUUACGGUACCAGAUGUGAAAAAAAUAUUCGAUACCUGUUUGCGUAAAGAUGUAGAUUACGACAAGGCAACGCGGUGCUAUAGUUUGAAUGAACAAUGGAUAAGUAAAGAUUGUGCUGAACAACGAAGGGGUAGAGCCGGGAGACUAGGCCCAGGCGUAAUUUAUCGGUUUGUGCCGAAACAAUUUUAUGAUAAUUUAAGAAACGAAAGGAAACCAGUAAUAAAGAGAACACCUCUCAAUUCUUUGCUUUUGAGAUCCAUUUAUGCAAACCUCGGGGAUCCACGCGAAUUAUUAUCACACUGUAUCGAUCCUCCGGACGAUAACGCUGUUGACUAUGCAUUAGAAGAUUUGGAAAUUACCGGAGCUGUCGUAUCUAAGGAAAUUGCCAAGGAAGAAGAUGAUUGGGUUCAAGGAAGUAUUGUUUCAUACGAGUAUGAAGUAACUCGACUCGGUACAGUGCUUGCACAAUUACCUUUGGAUCUUCAUUCGGGAUUAUUAGUAGUUUAUGGGGCAAUUUUCGGUUCACUGUAUGAUACUAUAAUAAUUGCUGCGAUAUUACAAAAUCGAGGUGUAAUUGUUCAACCACCACAUCAAGAGAUACAGAUUAGCGCGGCUAUGAAACGAUUUUCUCUAAAUUUACCAGAGGAUUAUCCUUUACAGGGUGGUUCGGAUUUAAUAUCUCAUCUACGUGGUUAUUUAUACUGGGAGGAAAAGACGCAAUAUGACAAUAGGUUUGAUUUGUCUAGAGAACUAUCAUGGUGUCAGAAACAAUUUAUUAGUUUAUAUUGGAUACGGGAGAUACAAGACUUGGUAAUAUCAAUUCGAGAAUCAUUAGCUUAUCAAGGCAUUUGUCCGCCACCAACCAAGGACGAAAGAGAUAAGAUACGCAGAAACCGUUUAAAUGUCAUUAUAACUGAUGAUACGAUAGAUGAUGAUUUUGAUAUAGAUGGAGGAUCUGAGGAAAGUUCUGAAGGCGACCCGAUUAGUGAUAUUGACCAAGCAAUUCGAAUUUUAGAUAAUGCAGCGUCAAGUGAAUUACCUAAUGGGAUAGAAAUUGACAAUAUAAGUCAACAACCACCUAAACUACAUACUUACAACCCAAGAUAUCAUGCAAAGGCAGGCAUUCCAGUUCAUCAAGUAGCAAAUAAUAUACGGACAUCUUUAAAUCCUUGGAUGAAUGUAUUUGAUAGAGCAUAUGAAAUAUCUAACAGGCCGGUUCGGUUAAGUAGGGAACCGAAUGUUACAUUACUGACCAUCUUAUUGACAGCGGCUUUUCAUCAAAAUUUGUUUUCUGUUUCUCCAAAUCAAGACAAUCGUGUCUUCAGAUAUUGCCCAAAAGAUUAUGACCGACAUCAUACAAUUGAAUUCUCUGCUCAGUCUCUUCCACCAAAACCUAUCAUGAUAGAAACACUAGAAAAGGACAUUGGUGUCAUACAUAAAAUACUUCAUCCCGAAACCGAUCAACUAAUAACCAAAGGGGAUACUGAAUAUUGUUACAUCGAAUUCGUAAAACCUGCCAAACCUAUAUGGACCCAUUCUCGUGAUAGGAAUAACCCAACAUUACCAGAUGCCGUUUUUUUGGCACAAAAGUUUAGAACCGUCAAAAAUAGUACCUGGACUGAAGGAUUAGGAAACUCUAUUGGACACUUCACAUCAGGUGCAACAUAUAAUUCGGAAGACGCGAGGAGGUUACGUUUUUCAGGAAUUUACGGAUGUACCGAAACAGCCACUAUGCUUUCCCCAAUAUUUCAUUCCAAAUUAGCAAAGGCAUUUCUAUCCAAAUCAUCACUAUUCUUUCCAUUAAUUAUCAAUAGUGGUGAACAUCGAUGUUAUUCGUUAUGCGCCGGAAAGUUGUUGGCCGUAGAUUAUGGAAAAUCUCACGUUGCAGAACAUAUAACUUGUAUGAUCGGACCUUUAACAACCAAAAAUAAUAUUGGUGAUGUGAUCCUCGCUUUCUUUGCGAAUAAAUUAGAUAAUGGUAUUGUUGGUGGGUGGCAUGUACAAAUAAAUUUGAAACAAUAUCCGUUGUUUAAUGCUAAACUUUCAGAUGCCGAAUCAGAUUUAAUUCUUUCCGUUAGAUAUUUUCUAAAGCAAGCUUUGUUUGAGACUAAUCCGAUAGGUUCAAAUUCCAAUGGUAUGUUGUUACCAAAUUUGGAAAUGCCUUCUACAUGUAGAGAGAUGGUUAGAGUUUGGAAUCAAUGCAAAAUGACACCAGAUCAGGCCGGAAAACUUUUGGUAGACUCGUUAUUAAUGAUUCUUUGA